AUGACAUUUGUUUUAGCACUAUGUGUUGCAGACCACAUUCAGACAUGGCAUAGAGAAUAUAGCUCAAUAUGGAGAAGAAAAAUAACCGGAAUCUCAGUAUUGUUCCUGGUGAACAGAUACAUGUUGCUCUUGUCUAUUAUGAUACAAGCAGUAUUGAACUUUCCUGGAAAUGGAACUGAUGACCAUUGCAACCAAUGGUGUGCUGUCAGUCUUACCUCAAUGAUCUCCACUCACCUGGUUAUAGUUCUUUUUGCUUUGAGGGUUUAUGCAAUAUACAGUGAAAAUAAAGCAAUUUUUGGGAUAGCCUCUGCAUUCAUCAUUUCAAGAUUUGCACUUGAUAUAUGGGUAAGAUUAGCUGUUUGUAUUUCAUCAUCCAUUGACACAUUUUAUGCAAAGAGUACACUACUAGGAGUUGGUGUUUCAACCAUUGAAUCUCCAUUUCAAAACAUUGCCAGGUUAGAGCUGGCUAUUCCAUUUUCAGCAUUAGGAUAUGACAUUUUCAUCUUUGUUCUAACUGCUAUAAGAACUGUGAAACAUUCAGUGGAAAUGCAAAGGCUCAAUCAAUCUAGUAUAACACAAAUAAUUAUCCGCGAUGGUAAUUGUUGUGUAUCAUUGUUUUGUGAAUAA